CUCCGUGACACUGCCCCCCCGCUACGACCCUUGAUUAGCUGGAGUCAAGUCCGGGAGAAGGGAUCAUGAAGAGCUCGGUGGCCGCUUGCCUCUUCGUCGCGCUCAGCCUCGGUGUCCCCCAGUUUUGCAAAGGUGAUAUUUGUGAUCCCAAUCCAUGUGAAAAUGGAGGUAUCUGUUUGCCAGGGUUGUCUGAAGACUCCUUUACCUGCGAGUGCCCGGACGGCUUCACAGAUCCCAACUGUUCUAGUGUUGUGGAGGUUGCUUCAGAGGAAGAAGAACCAACUUCAGCAGGUCCCUGCAUUCCUAAUCCAUGCCAUAAUGGAGGAACCUGUGAAAUAAGUGAAGCGUAUCGAGGGGACACAUUCAUAGGCUAUGUUUGUAAAUGUCCCCGAGGAUUUAAUGGGAUUCACUGUCAGCACAACAUAAAUGAAUGUGAAGCUGAGCCAUGCAAAAAUGGUGGAAUAUGUACAGACCAUGUUGCUAACUAUUCCUGUGAGUGCCCAGGUGAAUUCAUGGGAAGAAACUGUCAAUACAAAUGCUCGGGCCCACUGGGAAUUGAAGGUGGAAUCAUAUCGAAUCAGCAAAUCACAGCUUCAUCUACCCACCGAGCUCUUUUUGGACUCCAGAAGUGGUAUCCCUACUAUGCUCGUCUUAAUAAGAAGGGGCUUAUCAAUGCCUGGACAGCUGCAGAGAAUGACAGAUGGUCAUGGAUUCAGAUAAAUUUACAAAAAAAAAUGAGAGUCACAGGUGUGAUUACCCAGGGAGCCAAAAGGAUUGGAAGCCCAGAAUAUAUAAAAUCCUACAAAAUUGCCUAUAGUAAUGAUGGAAAGACCUGGGCAAUGUACAAAGUGAAAGGCACCAAUGAAGACAUGGUGUUUCGUGGAAAUAUUGAUAACAACACACCCUAUGCUAACUCUUUUACACCACCCAUAAAAGCUCAGUAUGUAAGACUUUAUCCCCAAGUUUGUCGAAGACACUGUACUUUGAGAAUGGAACUUCUUGGAUGUGAACUAUCAGGCUGUUCUGAGCCUCUGGGGAUGAAAUCAGGACAUAUACAAGACUAUCAGAUCACUGCUUCCAGCAUUUUCAGAACGCUCAAUAUGGACAUGUUCACUUGGGAGCCAAGGAAAGCUCGGCUGGACAAGCAGGGCAAAGUGAAUGCCUGGACCUCUGGCCACAAUGACCAGUCACAAUGGUUACAGGUAGAUCUUCUUGUCCCUACCAAAGUGACUGGCAUCAUUACACAAGGAGCUAAAGAUUUUGGCCAUGUACAAUUUGUAGGCUCCUACAAACUAGCUUACAGCAAUGAUGGAGAACACUGGACUGUAUACCAGGAUGAAAAACAAAGAAAAGAUAAGGUUUUCCAGGGCAAUUUUGACAAUGAUACCCACAGAAAAAACGUCAUCGACCCUCCCAUCUAUGCCCGGCACAUACGAAUCCUUCCUUGGUCCUGGUACGGGAGAAUCACCCUGCGGUCGGAGCUGCUGGGCUGCACAGAGGAGGAGUGAGGAGACCCCCGCCCUACAACCCUCCUCUCUAUUCCCUUCUUCGCUAUCUCCAUGGAAUGAACUGUGCAAAAUCUGUAGGAAAAAGAAUGGGGUUUUCAUGAAAAAGUGCUCAAAUUAUGGUAGGCCACUAACUGUCUUUUUAAAGAGGUCUAAGCCUGCCUUUUCAAUGCUUUAAUUUGAUUUUCAUCAUUUAAAUUUCUUAAGCAACAUCACAUUAACUGUGAAUGACUUUUCUCAUGGUUUUCUGACUUAUUCACACUGGUUGAGAAAUAUUAGGUAGAGAAAGUGGCAAGGGUAAAAAAUCUCAUAGCUAUCAAAUAAUAGCAAGAGUUGAUAGAGCUUUUAUAAUCAAUACUCAACCAGAUCUUAUAAAAGGAAUACUACAAUGUUAGCAAUAAGUUGUUUUUUUUCCUGUAGUGACCCUACAUUAUCUUGUUUCCCUGUGCCUAUCUAAAUACUGUUAGUGUUUAUAAUAGAAUUUUGAAGAUGAAUUCAUAACAUGGCAGUACUAAUUGAUAUUAGUGU